UGUGCGUUUUGUUAUUGUUGUUGGUAAUGAAACAGCUGCACGAGCUGACCAGAUCACCAUUACUUUUCAAGUGCAUCUCGGACGAAGAGGUAGAGCUACUUCUGAUCAAGUUUUUCAAGUUUUAUAUUAACGACAAGCUGUUCUUUACAGGUCCCAUCAUGGACAACAUUCGGAAAGUGCACUUCCGGAAUGUGGGAAAGAGUUACUUCCCUCAGACUAGAGUGGAAUGUCACUACAAGCUAACCAGCGAUCACACAUGGGACAGCCAUGACUGGAUUGGCCUUUUCAAGAUGGGCUGGUCUACGGUGAAGGAGUACUACACUUAUAUGUGGGCCCUGGUGCCAGAAGGCUACAUUGAGAGACGUGAUACUGACUGCUGCGUCCAAUUCCAGACCUCCUACCUGCCCAAACCUGGCACAGACCUGUACCAGUUUGUGUAUGUGGACGCCAGGGGUGAGGUGUGUGGCGUCAGCCCACCCUUCCUGUUCUCCACCCCUGGAGCCUUGGAUGAGCUGGUGACCCUGGAGCACGAGAGAAGCGGGGAGGAGGGCGCCGGGGAGGAUCUACUGAUGGUGGUGCCCAAAGCCCAGAUCCUGCAGGGCAACCUGGAGGAAUGCCAGAGGGAGCUGAAGGAACUGAAGCUCACCAUGGAGGAUAACGACAAGGAGAAGGAGCGGGAGAGGGAGAGGUGUGAAAAAGACAAACAAGAGCUGAUGCGAGAGAGGGAUGACUUGAAGGUAGAGAUCAGCGAACUCAUGGAGGGCCUGAAACACCAGCGGGAAGAAAUGGAGCAGAUUGAGCUCAAACACAAGGACGUACAGAGCUCACAGCAGAACAUGUCAACCGAGCUGCUAGACUUGCUGAAGGAGCGCACAGAGCAGCAGCAGCAAAUCAGGGAGCUGGCCGACGAUAACAGUGUACUGACACAGCAGAAGAAGCAGACCGAGGCUGAGCUGGAGAGGUCCAAGGAAAGAGUGAAAAAGUUGACGCUGCAGAGGAAGGAUGAGGAGGAGGAGAAGAAGACACUGAAGGCCGAGAACCAGGCUGUUCAGAGCGAGAUCCGACAGCUGCGGGAGCGUCUGGAAGCCAGCGAGCGCUCGACCGAUGUGCUGCGGCGCGAGCUGAGCGAGCUGGGAAGCCUGCAGGGCCAUAGCCACGCCGAGCUGCACCAGACACGCAUGCAGCUGGCACAGGCCAACCUGCAGCUCUCCCAGGCCAACCUGGCCCUGCGCGAGGGGGAGUCCACCUGGGCCCAGGAGAAGGAGCAGCUCAGGCAGAGUGCAGAGCUGGAUCAAGAGCGCAUUCAGAAGCUGUCUCAUGAGCUGCAGCGCAAGGAGGAGUGGCUUCAGGAGGAGAGGGCUGAGCGCGACAAACUGGAGGCAGAGCUCGGAGGCGAAAACUAUUCCAACCAGGCUCAGCUGAGUGAUGCACGUAAGGAGGUGCAGCAGCUCAAGGCCAGUUUGAAAGAAGCGCAGAAGGAGAGGGAGCAGCAGCUGCUGGAGAAAGAGGUUCUGCUGGAGCAGAUCAGGGACCUUGAGAAGAGGCUGGACCUCGAGGUUGAGACAAAGUGGUUUGAGGCUGCUUCAGUCGCUGCAGCCCAAGAAUACAUCACAGACAUCCCACCCUGUGAGGCGGAAGAGGAAGAAGAGGAGGAGGAAGUGUAUGAAACCCCUGAGGCCCCCCAGGCGGAGGCCGACACCUGUAAGGACGUAGACCAGACAGAGCCUCCAGUCCUGGCCGAGCCUGAGGACAAACCCUGCAGGGUGGUGGAGAUCAGCCAGCUGGUCCCUGCCCACGAGGCCCUAGAGGAGGACAGCGAGAGCUGGGAGGACUCAGCAAUUCCAUAUAUCCCAUACGGUGAGGCGGAGUACUGUCCUGAGGAGAAAUGUGCUGAGGAGGAAUGUGCUGAGGAGAAAUGUGCGGAGUUCAAAUUCCCCACAGACCCCAUCCUGAGCUAUCUCUCAGAAUAUCCCCAGUGGUAGGAGCGUCUUGUCUCAAAGACAUGCCACGGG